UGUCAAAUUUCAUCGUGUGGUCGUGCGUGUGUCGCGUUUUUGCUCUUUGUUGAACUGCGACUUAAAAAAAGGUCCGAGAAAAUCGUAAAUUUCGUCCAUUUUAAGCAAUUUUGUGGUUCUCAACUGUGCAAGUCGUGCAGUGCAUCCGGCGCAGAAGCUAUUCCGAUAGCGAUUCCGUACAAGUGUGGGAGGCAACCUGAAGUUUGCAGCCUUUUUUUCUUCUUGUGACCCAGCAAAAGGCGACCAGGAACAGCCUGUGAAUGCGCCUUUACGAGGACCAGGCCGGAAACUCGUACGACAACAUGAGUGACGACGACCGGGACAUAGAUAUAGAUAGCGAUGAUGGCGAGGACUCGGACAACACCAAGAGUCAGCCGCGGAAUUCCAGUGGGGGCCAGUUUUACUCACAGGCGGAAAAACGCGCCCACCACAACGCCCUGGAGCGCAAGCGGCGUGACCACAUCAAGGACAGCUUUACUUCUCUCCGCGACUCUGUGCCGUCGCUGCAGGGCGAGAAAGUAAGUAAACGCUCGGAAAAGGCAAGCCGGGCGCAAAUCCUCAAGAAAGCCGCCGAGUACAUUCAGUUUAUGCGCCGCAAGAACAACUCCCACCAGCAGGACAUUGACGAUCUUAAGCGGCAGAACAGCCUGCUGGAGACGCAAAUUCGAUCUUUGGAACAGGCUCGGGCUACCGGAAAUUUCGGCGAGGGAAGUGACCUGGGGCUGGGCAUGAACGACAGUUCCCGGGAAUCGGACAGCUCCGACAUUGACGAUGGUGGCAGCAACAACGGCAGUAUUCAUCGAAGCAAAAAGAUGAAAACCAACUCAAACUACUGAGUUGGGUGAAGAUGUUGAUCCAUAUUGCAUUGCAUUAGUUGGAAGGCGUAGAAUUGUAUAGCCUUUCAAAUAUUAUCUAUUCAACGUAAAUUUUACACACUAUUGAAGCGCGAUACAUCCUUCCGUUUCCCCCCAAUACAACAAUCAUACAAAUCAGAAUUUAGUAUUGAUAUGAAAUUAACACGACCGUUUUUUGUACAAAAAAAAUCGUCUUUCUCCAGUUUAGUUCGAAAAUUACUGAUUUUUUAUGAUCACUUAUUUUUCAUAUAUCAUCAAACAAAUUCAGGAGAGGAUGUUUGGGCAGAGUAAUGAAAGGAAGAGGAAUAUAGCUUUACGAGUUUUUUUUUAUAAAUCUGAUGUAACUUAAAAA